UUGACUGAGGUGGUGUCCGGACUCUCGGAUAACCCUUAUUUUGGCGCUGGCUUCGGCCUUUUCGGGUUAGGAGCGGUCACGGCCAUGGCUCGUAAGGGCUCCCAAGUCGGAAUGAUUAUGUUCCGACGCCAUUGCAUGACCACCGUGGAAGUCACGUGCAAGGAUAAGAGUUACAAUUGGUUGCUGCAAUGGAUCACCAGUCGUGGGGCUCGGCGAACCCAACAUUUGAGUGUGGACACGAGCUUUGUCGAGUCGGACUCGGGGAAAAUCACCACCAAGUACGACUUCCAGCCCAGUGUCGGCAUUCACCUCAUGAACUAUCAGAACGUGUGGAUUCGAGUCGAACGAACCCGCGAGCAACGCAUGAUGGACCCGUGGGAGACGAUUCAAUUGACCACCUUGGGCAAUCACAAGGCCCUUUUCGCCUCCAUGUUGGAAGAGGCUCGAGAAAUGGUCAUGGCGGAACAUCGAGGCAAGACCGUGAUGUACACGGUCUUAGGCACGGAAUGGCGGCAAUUCGGCCUGCCACGUCAACGGCGACCCAUCGAGUCCGUGGUCUUGGAUGCCAACGUGAGUCGAGAUCUGGUUCAGGACGUGCGGGAGUUUCUGGAUUCCUCGGAUUGGUAUCGCCAACGCGGCAUUCCGUAUCGACGAGGCUAUCUAUUGCACGGACCCCCCGGAUGCGGGAAGUCAUCGUUUAUUAGUGCAUUGGCCGGGGAACUUGAAUUCUCCAUCGCCGUGUUGAAUCUGUCGGAUCGAUCCAUGUCGGAUGAUAGACUCAAUUAUCGCUUGGCCGAUGCGCCCACGAACUCGAUCAUCUUGUUGGAAGAUAUUGAUGCCGCAUUUGUGAACCGAGAGACGAAUCCACAACUCGAAGCGGCCUACCAAGGGCUCAAUCGCGUGACUUUCAGCGGUUUACUCAACGCCAUUGAUGGUGUCACUUCCUCGGAAGGAAGGGUCAUCUUCAUGACCACGAACUAUUUAGACCGGCUCGAUCCCGCCUUGAUCCGACCCGGUCGAGUGGAUUUGAAACAAUACAUCGGACAUUGCUCGGAAAGCCAAUUACUCGAAAUGUUCGACCGGUUCUACCCGGAUGCCAAAGCCGGUCAAGCGGCAGAAUUUGCCCACAGUGUGGCUAGUGAAAACGUGGACGUGAGUGCGGCGCAAGUACAAGGCUACUUUAUGUUCUUCAAAAAUGAUCCGAACUUGGCCCUCUCGAACGCCUGGAGACUGACGCGAUCCACUCAAUAAACACCUCUAGCGUAUAGACAUGUUCAUAAAUUUAAUUAUUCAUUCAGUGAAUUCAAUACAAACCAGUUCGGUCAAACAUUGCUCUUGUAGAUUUUCAUCGUGUUGUCCGCACCCCCACUCACCACCAUGUCUUUCUCACUCCAG